AUGAACCCAUCGGAUCCGACGAUGCAAGGGGCUGUUCGGCCAGCUGUCGAGCUCGUCACGAUACAAGAGGCCGUUCAGGAGGUGCUCAGUGGGGACUCUAGCGCCUCCCGCGCGGUGCGAGAGCUCCUCAAAGAUCCCCUCUCAAUCUCGGAUCCACGUUUGCUAAAGCUUCUUGCGGAUGCUGUUGCGCAAGGCUUACGGUUCCCGCGAUCGGCAUCACCUGUCUGUAUGCAUGCGCAUGGUAUGCGCAUUGCAACCGAGCUCGAGCGCUACGGACAAGACGGCGGCCCGGACUACCUUUUCACUGCCAUGGAAGAUGUGGACCUGAGCGAAUCUGAGCCGUUCUAUUCGGCUGGCGUCAUGAUCACAUCACCCAAGUUCCGGCUCAUCCGCCGCUAUCCGCCUACAGUCUUGUUCUAUGUCAUUGUUGACAGUGCUCAUCGUGGUGUGCGUCUUUGCACCCUUGCCGUGAUCCAAUUACUGGGCUUCACGCCCGAGUAUCCAACACGCGAGAAUGCCUAUCCCGCUUGUCGAGGGUUCUAUACUGCCGGCGAAGCGUUUCAUUACUUGCACGAGGCCCUCCUCCAUCGUGGCGUCAUUGCGCAACUCCCUCGUAUCCAGACCGCGCCUACUGUCUCUGCUGUAGACCAGUCAGCGCAGACUGUCACACCAGAGACGACUCCACAAAACUCGCCGAACGGGUCCCCCAUCGCAGCAGCUGGGACUCCACUGGUUGCGUGGGGUCAUGUCGAACUUGCUCAAGAUGAGCUUGGGUAUUACGAGCGUGAUAUGAACUACUUUACGCGCGCUUAA